CUUCGGGAAUUCCAAAAUGCACAAACAAUGGUGUUUGCCAUUGAGGAAAUUAACAACAGAAGUGAUAUUCUUCCUGGUGUUAAAUUGGGUUAUAAAAUAUAUGAUUCCUGUGGAUCAGUAGAAAUGGCAAUAAGAGCCUCGCUGUCUUUAGUUAAUGGCCAUGGAGAAAAUACAACUUUAGUGUCGUGCUCUGAUCCUGAAACUGUUAAAGCAAUCAUAGCAGAAACAUCAUCCACCCCAACAAUUGCCAUCUCUGCUACCAUGGGACCUUUGCACAUACCUGUGAUUAGUCACUUUGCAACAUGUGCAUGCCUAAGUGACAAGAGGAAAUACCCAUCUUUCUUCAGAACGGUUCCCAGUGAUCACUAUCAAAGCAGAGCCUUGGCUAAGUUGGUCAAGCAUUUUAGUUGGACAUGGGUAGGAGCCAUAUGCAGUGAUAAUGACUAUGGGAACAACGGUAUGAACACCUUUAUUAAUGCAGCCAAAGAAGAGGGAGUUUGUGUUGAAUUUUCUGAAGCAUUCUUUAGAACAGACCCCAGAGAAAAGAUUCUGAGAAUAGUUGAGAUGAUUAAGACUGCAACCUCCAAAGUUAUUGUAGCUUUUAUCUCAUACUCUGAUAUGGAGGUUCUUCUAAAAGAAAUGGCCUUGCAGAACAUCACUGGGUUUCAGUGGAUUGGAAGUGAGUCUUGGAUCUCUGACAUGAACAUUGCUACGGCUGAAUGGCAGCCUAUUCUGAAAGGAUCCAUGGGUUUUGCUAUCCCGAAAGCACAAAUCAAUGGCCUUGGGGAAUUUCUGACCAAACUCAAUUCAGCUUCUAAUGUUGAGCUUUACAAAAGGUUGUGGGAGACAAUAUUUGAAUGCAAACUACCCAUACAAGAAAAUGUAGAGAUUAAAGAAAUGUGUAAAGGCAACGAAAAAUUAAGUGAAGUGCAGAAUCCAUUUACAGAUGUUUCAGAGUUACAAAUUGCAAAUAAUGUAUAUAAGGCUGUGUAUGCUGUGGCUUAUGCUCUGCAUAACAGUUAUGGCUGUUCAAAGAGGGACAGAGAUACCCAACAACCAUGGCAGAUUGUCAAUGAGUUAAAGAAACUCCAUUUCACCACUACAUCAGGAGAGGAUGUAUUUUUUGAUGAGAAAGGAGACCCAGCAGCAAGGUAUGAUUUGUUGAACUGGCAGCAAGCUAAGGAUGGUAAAACAGUAUUUGCUAAAGUGGGCUUUUAUGAUGCUUCUUUACAAACACAUCUUCAACUGUCAUUUAACAAUAUCAGUAUAGCCUGGGCCCACAGUAAACCACAGGUCCCAGUCUCCGUGUGCAGUAAAAGUUGUUUCCCUGGCACCAGGAAGGCAAUGCAAAAAGGCAGACCGAUCUGCUGCUAUGACUGCAUUCCAUGCACAGAGGGGGAAAUCAGCAAUACAACAGAUUCUGUUACAUGCAUCACGUGUCCACCAGAACUGUGGUCUAAUGACAAGAAAGAUAAUUGUGUCUUAAAGUUGGUGGAAUUUCUGUCAUUUGAGGAAAUAAUGGGAAUCAUUCUUGUGUUGUUUUCUUUGGUAGGAGUAUCUUUCACCAUCGCCAUUGCUUUAAUUUUCUUUACGUACAAGGACACACCAAUUGUUAAAGCAAAUAAUUCAGAAUUAAGCUUCCUAUUGCUAUUUUCUCUGACUUUGUGUUUCCUUUGUUCGCUGACUUUCAUUGGACGGCCCUCUCAGUGGUCCUGCAUGUUGCGCCACACAGUAUUUGGGAUCACUUUUGUCCUUUGCAUCUCCUGUGUCCUGGGGAAAACUGUAGUGGUGUUAAUGGCCUUCAGGACUACACUUCCAGGAAGUAAUGUCAUGAAAUGGUUUGGGCCUCCACAACAGAGACUCAGUGUUCUUGCAUUCACUCUUAUACAAGUCCUUAUUUGUGUAAUUUGGUUAAUAAUAUCUCCUCCUUUCCCCUACAAGAACAUGAACUACUACAAGGAAAAGAUUGUAUUAGAAUGUAAUGUAGGUUCAGCUAUAGGUUUUUGGGCUGUGCUGGGUUAUAUAGGAUUUUUGGCACUUUUAUGUUUUAUUUUGGCUUUUCUGGCCCGGACGCUGCCUGAUAAUUUCAAUGAAGCCAAAUUUAUAACAUUCAGCAUGCUUAUAUUCUGUGCAGUUUGGAUCACCUUUAUUCCAGCUUAUGUCAGCUCUCCUGGUAAAUUUACUGUAGCUGUGGAGAUCUUUGCUAUCUUAGCCUCUAGUUUUGGUUUACUAUUCUGCAUAUUUCUCCCAAAGUGUUAUGUAAUUAUAUUGAAACCAGAGAAGAACACUAAAAAGCAACUCAUAGGGAAAGUACCUACUACGUGA